GGAGAGAAAGAGAGUAUGGCUGAUAUUGCUGUUCAGUUCAUCAUACAGAAACUGAACGAAAUUCUAACUCAGGAAGCAGAUUUGCUACUCGGAGUAGAUGGGCAGAUCAGAUCGCUUCGAGACAAACUUGGAUGGAUGCAUGCCUUGCUCAAAGACCUCCAUGGGAAGCGCAGAGAUAAUGACAGAGUUAAGGUUUGGGUGUCCCAAAUAAGAGAAGCAGCCUAUGAUGCUGAGAACGUCAUCGAUUCCUACAUCUUUAACAUUCAAAAGCAAGGAAGAGAUACAAGUGCUGGAUUCGUGGGAUCCAUACGAAGUUUAGCUUGUUGCAUCAAAGACGUAGCAGCCAUCCACAAGAUUGGAAAGAAGAUCGGUGAGAUAGAAAGAAGGCUCAACGAGAUCUCAUCCAAUAGAUCAGAUUAUGGCAUCGGUAAUAUACCAAGAUGUGGAGAAGCUUCAUCUUCCUCAAAUCCAAGCCAGACAUGGAGGGAAAAGAGGGUUCCCAUCGCCGAGGAAGCCGAUGUGGUUGGUGUUGAAGAUGAGACAAAGACACUGGUGGGGCGGCUGAUUGAAGGAGAUGCGCGGUGCGCUGUCAUUUCGAUCACUGGUAUGGGAGGAAUAGGUAAGACUACUCUCGCUAAGAAACUUUACAAUAACAUCAAUGUAAAGAAGAAUUUCGAUUUUCAUGCCUGGGUGUCUGUGUCUCAAGAACAUCGACUGCGAGAGAUUUUCUUAAGCAUUCUAAAAUCUCUUGGACAAGAUGAAAGGGAGACGACACCUGAGGAAGACUUGCCUAAGCAGCUCUAUGAAAGCUUGGAAGGUAAGAAAUAUCUGGUGGUAAUUGAUGAUAUAUGGACUAGAGAUGCUUGGAAUGGUUUGGUCUCUGCAUUUCCAGAUAGGCAAAAGGGCAGCAGGGUGCUUCUUACCACUCGCAAGGAAGAAAUAGCUAAGUAUGCAGAUGCACAGAGCACGCCCCAUAAAAUGCAUUUUCUUAAUGAAAGUGAGAGUUGGGUAUUGUUAUGUAAGAAAACACUUCCUGGAAAUCUUGCUCCUCCAUGCCUUCCAAAUCUGGAGGAGUUGGGGGGAAAGAUUGUUGCGAAAUGUGGAGGUUUACCUCUUGCUAUUGCAGUAAUAGGAGGCGUCCUAUCAAGGAAAGAGAAAUCAGUGAAUGAGUGGUACAAAGUGCUUACAAGUCUCGAAUGGCAUCUAAAUGAAAGCGAAGAUGCGAUCUCCGGUAUAUUGGCCCUUAGCUACCAUGACUUGCCGUAUUACUUGAAGUUCUGCUUUCUUUAUUUCGGAGCUUUUCCUGAAGACAAUGAAAUUUAUGUGGGCGACUUGAUUAAGUUGUGGAUAGCUGAAGGGUUUGUGCAACAAAGAGGAGAAGAAGAACUGGAAGAUGUUGCAGAGGAUUACGUAGAAGAGCUCAUCAACAGAAGCAUGAUUCAGGUGGCGCAAAGGAAUUCGAAUGGAACAGCUAUGACAUGCCGUAUUCAUGAUCUUCUACGCGACCUCUCGAUAGCAAACGCCAAGGAGGAGAGAUUUCUGGACGUGUAUGGGAAGACAGCUACUAAAUCACCAACCACGGCACGCCGGUUUGCAAUUACUGCUUCUGUUGGCUUUGGUCAUGAAUUGCAGGGAUUUGGCUGGUUGUGGAGCUAAGACGAAGCACUCUCAAAACAGAUCUCUUCGGACUUGUAUUCAGACAUCUAGUCUUCUUUAUAGUUGUUGUGUGGGUUCUUGUUUGGUUAGAUGGAAAAUUUUCCUAUUUGUACAAUAAGGAGAUAAUUUAAUUUGUCUCCUUUGUUUUCAAAA